GUGGGACGGGUCAUUAAUUGGUCAGGAACUCUACGUUUGUCUCAAAUUUCCGCGUUUUGCUCAAACAGUAGAAACAGCAGCGUCCUCUCUCAAUAAUAUCUGUUUGCAUUAUAACAUCCGAUAAUGUCAAGGUUUCUUUUGAGAGCAAACCUAAGGAGAUGCAUCACCUCUCAGAUUAGAAUGGCAUCUGAUCAGCUUGGGGAGUUAGGCAAGGGAGCAGGCAAGGGUGGAGGUGGAGGAGGCUCUGUGAGGGAGGCAGGAGGUGCAUUUGGAAAGCGAGAGGUAGCAGAAGAGGAGCGGUACUUCAGGCAGAAGGAGAAGGAGCAGAUGGAGGCGCUGAGGAAGCAUCAUACAGAGGAGAUUGAGCAUCACAAGAAGGAGAUUGAGCGCCUACAGAAGGAGAUUGAUCGCCACAAGGGCAAAAUCAGAAAGCUGAAACAUGAUGAUUAAACUUUGUUAUCAUUUCUCUUUCUGAGAGUCUGUUCAUUUUAUUUGCCAAGUCGAUGAUUAUGAUUGAUUGAAUAACUGCUGGUCAAGUAGGUCCUGUAUGAAUAAAGUGCUCACUUUUUGAACAGCA